UAUCAGUCGAGUUUGCUCUCGACUUUUUAUUGGAAUAUUUUGUGUAACCUUAAGGAAUUCUGUACAUGCACCCGAACAGGAUAACUUUAGUCAUUGACCUUUUUCUUCUCUUUCUAUGGACUCAUUGUAUAGACGUCGUAUUCCAACAGGGCACGUGUCAUUUGACGAGUUAUAUGUGAAGUUUUUCGGCGAUAUUCCCGAAGAACAAAAUUCGCGGGUAUCCCAAAGUGAAUCAUUUGAGUCCCUGUACCAAAAGUAUCAUGAAAAUGCGAAAGAUGUAAGUUGUCAACGCAUGUUUGAUGACUUGUAUUUAAAAUAUGUAGAUAAAUUACGAGUUUUUAGCGGAGGCGGCGAUUCAAAUGAUUUUGUUUAUACUCUCAUUGAUGAUUCUUCAAAUGAUUCUAUUUCUUCAGUAUCAGAUAAAUCAACACACGAAUUAACUUCACAAAAAUAUUCAAACGUUACACCUUACCAAAAAACACAAAUAUCACAAAAAGGAAAUAGUUAUAUGUCUAAAAUAAAUUCAAUACAAAAAGUUGAUGACUUUUUAAGACUUCUCCCUAUUACGAAUCCACCUCAGAAUGAAGUUUCAAUUUCAUGUUCUUCAGAAGUCAAACAAAAUUUUAAUUCUUCCUCCUUUUCACCAAAAAGUCCAAUUAUUCAAACUCCCGAAAAAAUACGGACUAGAAGUUCAACGCGUCUUGACUCAAGCUCGUCAUCAAAAAUACCUCUAAUCAUUAGAAAUACUGGUUCAUCUAGAAUUUUACGUAACCAUCGAUCAAAGUCUUCUGGUAACAAUAUUGAUGAUUUACCAGCUCUGAUUACACCAGCAAAUAAAUUUGGAAAUAAACUUAUUGACUCUUUAAAACAUAAAGAUAAUAACAGCAAAAAGAGUAAUGUUAAAGAAACAAACGGUAUAAAAAAAUUCUCAUUAAUUAAUAAUUUUGAUGAUGAGGAUGAUCAUUCAAAGAAGAAGGUAAAGCUAAAUCGUUCGAAAAAAAACUUAGUAUAGGUUGUAGUGAAUUUACCGUUAAAUUCAAUAAAAUAAUACUCUGCGGAAACUUUAUCAGGAAAUUUGACACAUUUAUUUCUUUAUGUAAUAAAAAUUAUUUUACUCAUAAUUUAACAAUUUGAUUUUAAAUAUUUUUUUUUUAUUU